CCUGGCCAGUGUGAGGAACGAGAGUGAGGACAGUAAAGUUUCUGCAGAUGGCGAUACCUGGAUCGGUCUGUUUAGAGACUCGUGGAACGUGGUCAGAUCAGAGCAACUCUUCAUUCAGAUACUGGACAUCAGGUCAACCUGACAAUCGUAAUAGACGUAAGAACUGUGCAGCUGUUCAGACACAUAAAACAGAUUUCGGUCAGUGGGAAAAUCUGGACUGUGGGAAACAGAUUCCAUUUGUGUGCAGUGGUGCAACGUCACCUGGUAAACCACAGCUUCCAGUGAGCACUACAGUGUUUCCUGCUGGACCGAUGAGCACAACACGUGUCACACAAACGCCUCCUGGACCCCCUGGUACUUCAACUAGUGAACAGUGGCUUUCAGUGAACGCUACAGUGUUUCCUUCUGAAUUGACAAGCAUAAAACAUGUUACGACAACUGGACCUCCUGGUGAUCUGGUUCUGAUCAGAGUGAAUCUGACCUGGAGUGAAGCUCUGAAACACUGCAGAGAGAAGAACAUGGAUCUGGUCUCGGUGCACUCUGAGGAGAUCCAGAGGUCGGUGGUGGAGGUGGCCAAAAACGCCUCCACUAGUCACGUAUGGCUGGGUCUGCGUCACACCAGCGCUCUAGAUCUGUGGUUCUGGGUGAGUGGAACAUUCACCUGCUAUGAUAACUGGGCUCCAGGUAACGGGACAGGAGUGGAAGACUGCAGCACUGUAGAGAGAACCGGAGCAGUGCAGACUGGAGGAGAGCAGAAGUGGGUCAGUCUGCCGGAGAAUCAGACUCUCAACUUCAUCUGCAGCAGAAAUAGAGGGUUUUAAAAUGAGAAGUUCAUAUUUUGAUGGAUGAAGACUGAAGACUGAAGAGUUGGUCCAGAUCUUUGCUCACUGAAGAUGGUUGAGGUUCUCUGAAAAGUCAGCGCACACUUUUGUUUUCUUUUACUCUAAGUGUAGUCAAAAGGCCGAGACACGCUGGAUGAAUGGAUGAGACACACUCGAUGAAUGAUGUUUGUUUCUGUAUUAUUUACUGAAACGGCUAAUGCUAAUGUAGCUAACACAUAAUAGAACCUUAUACUCUACCUGAACUCUAAUAGGCUUGAUUGUGUUUUCUGACACUGUAUGAAAGACUGUUACCUAUAAAUGUGGGCAAAAGCUCAUUAGCAUCUUGAAUGAAUUAUCUUAUCUUAGUUAUCUUGUCCAGGGUGUAUCCUGCCUUCUGCCCAAUGACAGCUGGGAUAGGCUCCAGCACCCCACCGCGACCCAGAAGGAUGAUGUUUAGAUGAUGUAUGUAUGUAUGAGGGGAUAUUUAUCAGAGUUUCAUUCCAUAUAUUCAGAUUUUUCAGUCAUUUUAUAUAUAUAUGUAUAUAAUUUUCUAAACAGCAUAUAUCUCACACUUUGUGCCAUUGCUUA